CUUGCUACCGAUACCUCUCACCAGUCACCACAACCAUCAUCGCUUGAACAGCACCAAGAAGACACCAACUAACCAGUUCCGGUGUUUAGAGCUGCUUGGCAUCCGUGAAAGCGAUGACGAGGGGUGCAAUGGUUGCCGCCGUCGCCUUGGUCGCCCUCCUCCUCUUCCCCGCCACCUUCGCAUUUCCUCGGGCUGGCCAGCAGCAGCUGGAGCCCCACUUCUACGACCACUCGUGCCCUCAGGCGCAGCAGAUCGUGGCGUCCAUCGUCGGCAAGGCGCACGCCCAGGACCCCCGCAUGGCGGCCUCCCUCCUCCGCCUCCAUUUCCACGACUGCUUCGUCAAGGGAUGCGACGCGUCGAUCCUGCUGGACAGCAGCGCGUCGGUGGUGAGCGAGAAGCGGUCCAACACGAACAAGGACUCGGCGAGAGGGUUUGAGGUGGUGGACGAGAUCAAGGCCGCGCUGGAGGCCGCCUGCCCUCGCACCGUCUCCUGCGCCGACGUGCUCGCCCUCGCGGCGCGCGACUCCACCGUCAUGACCGGCGGCCCAGGCUGGAUCGUGCCUCUUGGUAGGAGAGACUCUUUGGGAGCCAGCAUCCAGGGCUCCAACAAUGACAUCCCUGCUCCCAACAAUACCCUCCCCACCAUCAUCACCAAGUUCAAGCUCCAGGGCCUUGACAUCGUCGACCUUGUCGCUCUCCUCGGUAGCCACACCAUUGGCAACUCGCGGUGCACGAGCUUCCGUCAGCGGCUGUACAACCAGACGGGCAACGGCCUCCCAGACUUCACGCUGGACCCGGCGACGGCGGCGGUGCUGCGCCCGCGGUGCCCGCGCUCCGGCGGCGACCAGAACCUCUUCUUCCUGGACCACGUGACGCCAUUCAAGUUCGACAACCAGUACUACAAAAACCUGCUGGUGAAACAAGGCCUGCUCAGCUCCGACGAGGUACUCUUCACCGGCAGCCCAGCCACCGCGGAACUCGUCAAGCUCUACGCCGCCAACCAGGACAUCUUCUUCCAGCACUUCGCGCAGUCCAUGGUGAAGAUGGGCAACAUCUCGCCAAUCACUGGCCGCAACGGCGAGAUCAGGAGCAACUGCAGGAGGGUUAACCACAACUGAUCAACCAGUUGACGAUCCAUCCUGAGCUAGUGCAGUGGUCUGAUUGUUUCUGCAGGUUAAUUAUUUGUCGUUUUCAGGUCGUGCGCGUGCCUUUUGCUGCGAUUUCUUGUUUCCGUUUAAAUUUUAUAUGUGAUUCGUCCAUGUGUACUUUUGUGAGGGAAUUAAUUAUUUGUGUUUAUUUA